UUUAAGGGCGUUGUUUUGGAAUUACAUUGAUCGGAAUGGUAACAUGUGGAAAUAAGGAUGGCACGGCGUUCUUUCAUGCCUUCACGAAUAAUAAUACUUUUUUGUGGCUGUUUGAUGUGCGUCAUUUGUACUAUCACGCUUUCACUAACGUGCAGUUGCGAGGAACAGCUUGCGUCCAGCAGACAGCGCAGUCUUGCUUCAUCGGGCCUGUAUAAAAAGCAAGGUGGAUUUAUGGAAAUUUCCAGAUUCAAGGAGAAAAUGUUUGCCUUCAACAUAUUUAGCGAUUGUGAUCAUGUCAUCUCCAAGUGAUGCUAUGGUGCGUGCUGUAAUUCGCAACACCUGGCUGAAAUUAUCUUUAAAAGGUAAAGCAACUUUCCGUUACACUUUUCCGAUUGGAACAAAAAAUCUGAGCUCGUUUCUCAAAGAACGUCUGAAAGAAGAAAAUAAUUCGUUUAAUGACCUGAUUUUUCUGGAGGACCUCACGGAUACUUACCAGAAUUUAACUAAGAAGUCUUUACUCUCUAUGCAAGUUAUGCAUAAUAUGUACAAAUUUGAAUUCUUGUUGAAGGUGGAUUCCGAUUCGUUUGUACGUUUGGGAGCAUUUUUAAAAGCAUUAAAGGAUAUUGAGGAUCCUAAUUUAUACUGGGGUUUCUUGGAUGGGAGAGCAAGACCAAAACGAAGAGGACAAUGGGCCGAAAGGGAUUGGAUUAUAUGUGAUCGCUAUGUUCCUUAUCAGCUUGGAGGAGGUUAUGUCUUAUCCUACAAAUUGGUCGACUUCUUCGUGCGGAACAAAGAUCUACUGAAAAUUUUCAAGAGUGAAGAUGUGUCAAUAGGUGCUUGGUUGGCAGGUCUUUCCGUUCGCUAUGUUCAUGAUCCUCGUUUUGACACCGAAUUCCGUUCCAGAGGAUGUAACAAUCAGUAUAUUAUUACACAUAAACAGACGCCGGAAUCAUUAAAGAAGUUAUAUGCUUCAGUUGUAAGUACUGGUAGGCUUUGUGAAAAGGAAUAUCGCAUUCGACCAUCUUACGUUUAUGAUUGGUCAGUCCCACCCAGUAUGUGUUGCACUCGACAUAAUGGCUCUAACAUACCAUAA